UUGUCCGUUCGAUUGGAGCGCUUCUCUACAUGCUACGGUCAUGUUGGAAAAUACUGCAGUCUGUUCUGAACAGUGAUCGUAUUAGUGCAUCUAUCACAAGUCAGAAAUCUACGAACCUAAUGUCUCUGGAACAAUUAUUUUAUCCCAAUUGGUGGGAAAAUUUGGAGCGUGCUCAUCGUAUUUUAGAUCAAAAUUUGCUCCUUGGAAUUAGUCCAGAAAUUCUGUUUCCAAAAAUUAUGCGUAUGUACGAUUUUGUACAACGUAAACCGGGUUUAAAGUCUCCGAUGAAAUACUACAGGCUAUGCGAUGAACUGCGUAAAGGAGAAGGGGGUGUAUCAACCGUGCUGGCUAACAGAGACAAAUUCCAUGUGGAUUUAGACGUGCAGCAAUUCGCACCCGAAGAAAUCAAUGUUAAAGUCGUAGAUCGUUUUGUCACUGUUGAAGCAAGUCAUGAAGAAAGGGAAGAUGAACAUGGUUGGAUCUCCAGACAGUUUACGAGGAAAUACAUAAUUCCAGAACAGUGCGAUAUCGAUCAAGUUUCCUCGAAACUUUCAUCGGACGGCAUUCUUUCGAUCAUUGUACCACGAAAGCAAAAAUUAACUUCGGAUAGCGGAAGGGUGAUUAACAUCGAGCUGACUGGUAAACCGUCUGUAUGCGACAUACAGAAAGAAGGAAACGAAGAAAACAAGGACAAGGAGGGGGAGGCGCAGGAAAAUUAAAGCCCAGCAUCGAGUGAUAUACCGACUUCUUUUUACCUUAUUCUUCGAUACUAUUUGUAGCUCCUAUCGCGAGUAUUUAUUUGGUGUUUAUACCAGCCAAAUGCUUUGAGCAAAUUUAUUUAGAUAUGUAAAUAACUUUUCAUGAGUAUAAAUCUACUUUAAAUAUAUGUACUGAUAUAAUUGGAUGAAAAAAAUAUAUAUAUUUUUAAAAAUA